AUGGAGAUGGCAGAAUUGCAGGUGGUUGAAACUGCCCAAUUGAUAACAUUUACGAUGUUAAUCCUUAAAUAUGUUAAUUUAUUCAAUUUAAAGGUACUUCAGGCUUUAACUUCUCAUCUACUUAAAAUUUAUCGUGUGGUGGCGUUGCCUUCACAUGCGGAAGGGCCUAAUUCCUCUGCAUUAUUCCCUACAUCAUUUUUUUACAUUUCCGAUUUUACAACAUCAUUCACUAAAUCCCUAGAGUUCCUGUUUCCAGCACAAGGGUCUGCCCAGCGGAUGGAUUGCUCUAGGGGCCUGGCAGCAAAAUUCCAGGAUCUAAAAAUGGGACCGUCUCCACCAGUUCAAACACGCCUUGAACUUGAUCUUGCCGGAGCAUCCACAGCUGUUGACGAUGUGGAAGAAACAUCACGGGUGUCUUUCACAGAAGAGUAUUUUCAAAUUACUCCCUUUUGUAUUCGUAAUAUUCAAUUAAGUUCUUUUGGCAAUUUUGUGGUGAAACGCAACCCUAUUCCCUUUAUCUCAUUAAAACAUCAUUUUCUCAAAGAUCAGAGCCACCUUCCAUUCACGCUUCUACUCACUGGUAGCUCAAAUAUAAAAGUGAAUGGAGGUCAUCUACUUGGCUAUUGCGAUAUUUUAAAACCUUUAAUGAAGCCCUUUUUAGAAUGCACAGCGCUUUGGCUGAGUCACAUGGAGUUCAUCGAGUGCGAUUUCCCACCCCUCCUGCGUUUUAUUAAUCCAUACUUUUCUGCCAUGUUCGAGUUCUGCGAAAUGUGUGCAAGAGUAGUUAUUAUUCUCUUAGUUGAGAAAAAAGUAGCAAAUUGUAGUUGCUGGUUUACUUCUAUAAAAGUUCGUUCGUUGUUAGAAUUGGUCAGCACUACUGCAAUCAAAAAAAAAAACCAAAAAAAACUAUGUAGGGGUGAUGUCAUUUUCUUACUUGUUCGUGAAGCGAUGAGACACCCUUUAUGGGUGGAAGGAUUAUCCAGUGAGAUUUCCAGACAAUCGGCAUUAAGUAGAUGGUCUUUUAAAUCAGCUUACUUUAUCAUAAAUCAUGUUUAUUUUUUAGUAGUAUUCCGUCUUCAAUUGGUGAAUUUGUCUCUAUAUUUGCACUUGGGCUAUAAGGCAAAAAAUUGCCUUCAUCCUUCGCAUUUAUGCUUCUAUGGGUUUUUUUGUUCCGAUGAACGUAGUUGGGUAAAACAGUCACGUUCAGUUCGACGGUUGAAUAUAAACAUUUUCAGCAUUGAUGUGGGAAACAGAUUGAUGAAAUCUGUUUAUGUAUCUAGGCGUUCAGAUGAAACCCAACAACCGCCAUCCACUACUAACCUCCCGAUGAGUACCGUCGAAAGUGCAUCCAAUAUACAUAUUUAUUUGCAAGAAAUAUUAACCAUAAAUUCACCAACUACUCCCCGUUUGUCGAUCUUUCUAGCCGAAGAAGACGGCCUACUUAAAUCAAAUGAAAUUCAGACUUCCAACUUGAUUAGGUUUAUUACUCUAGUUUUACUUUUUAUUGCCUUAUCGUGUCCCCUUCCUAUGCCAUCAAUUGGAAGCACAUAUACUGAUCUAUCGCAUCCUGACAGCUGGUGGACAGAUCCUGAAAUAUUGACUCUACAGUUUCGUAAAGUUAUCUCGUUUGAAAAUUCCAUCAAAUUAAAACAUGAAUUGACUUGUUUUAUGCAUGUCUUUAUUGCAAUUGAUCGACAUUCUACUUUCAUCGAUUUCUAUUUUUGCACAUCUUUUGACCUGAAACAUAAAUUAGAAUAUCUACUCUUGGAAUGGAGAUGGCGUUUUGGUUUCAAGGACUGCACUGUAAUUUUAAAAAGUAGAAUGCGGAAUGUCAUUAUUAGCAAACAGAAAAGUAAAAAAAAGACCACGAAAAAGACCAAAUAUUUCCGCACUACUAGUAGAACUCUUGAAGCUCCCAGAAUAAGUGAUCCCAUUAUUUAUAUUGAAGCAUUAACACCCACCAAGCCAUAUUAUUAUUUAGUUCCCGCUCAUAAUCAUCAAAACGCCAUAAACAAAGUACUUAGCUCAUCCCUAAAAAAUGCAACAUUACCAUUCUCCACCAAACUCACUGGAAGAAUGCCUAAGCCAAAGAGCCUUCGAGAUUUGGUUCGCGAUAUUCGUUCAGCACGAACCGCCGCAGAGGAAAGAGCUAUUGUCAACCGUGAAUGUGCACAAAUUCGAGAUAGUUUUCGUGAUGAAAAUGACACACAUCGCUGUCGUAAUGUUGCUAAGCUACUCUACAUCCAUAUGCUAGGUUAUCCCGCCCACUUUGGCCAGUUGGCUUGUUUUAUGCAAUUUCCUGUAAAUCACUACAGGUCUUUGCCAUUAUAUCGUACAGGAAGUAUUAUUGAUAAUGCAGUCCCCCUUAUUUAUCUUGAAAUAUAUUUUAAGUAUUUGCAUUUUCUGUACUUUGUCGCUCUACCGUUAAGCAACGUAGAAGACAUGGAAUGUCUCAAGUUGAUUGCCUCACCCCGUUUCACAGACAAACGAGUUGGUUAUCUUGGUGCAAUGCUUCUACUUGAUGAACGAUCGGAUGUUCAUCUACUGGUCACAAACUCUCUUAAAAAUGACCUUAAUCAUUCAAAUGUCUACGUUACCAGCUUAGCCCUCUGUACACUUGGAUCGAUCUGUUCUACUGAAAUGAGUCGUGAUUUGGCUGGAGAAGUAGAAAGACUGGUUAAAUCAACCAAUCCCUACAUCAAAAAGAAGGUCAGUAUCUUAAUCUGUUUUGACAAAGCUCAUGAAAUAUCUCUUUAUCCAUUCUGA